UCUGUCACUUUUUAGAAAUAUGUCUCGUACCUGCUUCAUGAUAUUGCUGCUGAAUUGAGCUGGGAAGAAAAGGACGAUGAUCCACAUUUGAGGAGAUAUCUUCGACCUGCUCUGUUGAAAAUGGCCGCCAUUUAUGAAGAUGUUCUUCCGGAAAGUAAACAGCGUUACACAGCCAAAGCUAAGAAAUAUUUCAACGACUGGCUUGAUAAAGGCAAACCGAUUUCACCGAAUGUUCGUUACGCCAUCUACACGAUUGGAUUAAGAGUAGCAAAUGACUCUGUGUGGACGAAAGUUUUUUAUAGAUACCAGACUGAAACAGUCCCAUCGGAAAAGAAAAAGUUGAUGUACGCGCUCACAACUAGUCAGAACGAAGUCAUUUUAAAAAGAUUGUUGAAGUAUUCAUUGGAUGAAACUAAGAUUCGUUCCCAGGACUCCGUGUCUGUCAUAGAUUCAAUAGCCCGCAAUCCUCAGGGGAGUUUAUUAGCGUGGCAGUUUGUACAGGAUAAUUACCAUGAAUUGUACCAAAGAUAUGGGGUCGGCUCUUUUGAUUUUAGUCGUUUGAUCACGUCGAACACCGCUCACUUUAACACAGAGGAAAUGAAAACCCAGGUUAGCCAGUUUUUCGCGAAGGUUAACCAAGGAUCUGGGGAGAGGGCUGUUCGUCAAAGUCUGGAAAGUAUAGAAGGAAAUAUAAAAUGGAUGAAAGACCACGGACCUGCAGUGAAUAAAUGGUUGAAAAACUUUCUCCAUGGAAAAAACGUCAGCAAGUAGUAUCAUUACGUGAUCUGUCGCCGCGAUUUCCCAAAGCACGGUUGAAUAUGCACGACAGCGGAACGAUUUCAUGUAGUAAAACAGUCGAUCCACAUGUACAGUGACGACUCUAAAUGUGAUAGAGGUGUAUCUUUAGUAUAGGUGUGACAAAAACUUCAGUAACUGCAUUGGAUUGGAAAACGUAAAAGAACAGGGACAAGGCAUUAUAUAGUUUGACUCUAGUUUGGGUUAUAGAGCUUUCCCAGUACACCCGAAGACACACUCAGUAUUCCAGUCCUUAUAUCUAACUGGUAGUGACAUUUAAAAUCGGCGGUAGAGCUGUGCCAUUUUUUUAAUGAAAUUGCACCCAAAUAUUCAAAGCUCAUAUCUAUUAGCUUCCCCUGUAUUUUUCUGGUAAUAAUUUUCAACGUAGAAACAAACACUUGUACAAAAAUGAUUCCACAAUGGGAGUUGCCUGAGACUGUAUGUAAUGCUUUCAAUUACUGACCAAACACUUUUACAUUUUUCUUACCUAAAACUAUGCGUGUUUUCAUUCUUAAAACAAAGUUCAUUAAAAAACGAAAACGAGA